GUGCACACUGGUGAUCAUCUGAUGAGCCAGCCCAUCACACACAUUUCUUCUCCGCACCCGUUAAUUGCAUGAAUGGCGCAUAUCGUCGAUUCCCAUCCCUCCGGCCUUACACUACCGGUACCUUAGGCGUCCAAGGUUGGUAUCUCAAUGGAUAGCGUACCCCUCCACCCCGAACGUCCCGUCGACGGUCUCACGGCCACUCGCGGCAUACAAACAAUGCCAAGCUACUCCCGACCCCAAGACGGGCGCCCCUCCUCUGUAGUCAGCAUCGGGCAUCUGCACACCGUGCAGCAAAAUCAAACUAGACCCUCGAAUCACAUCUCAUCCUGCUCUGCUGAGACAUUGGCCAGGGGUCCCCCUUUGGAACACAACGUCACGCUCACCAGUGCACCAACCAACGGCGAACAACAAAUCAACCUUCCCUCGUCGAGAAGGCUGACAAGUCAUGCAACAAUCCAAUACAUUAAUUUACGGCGAAAAGCGCUGUUGUGUACCCCUAGACCUUGUCCCGCUUUGCCUAUCUGCACCCUCGUUGAUACACCGUCAAUCACACACGCAUUGAUAGACAGAAGAAAGGGGCCCGUGAAUCGGAGGUUGAGGCACGCGAUCGAUGAUCGGCCAGAACAUCGUCCCCCCGCUCAGCCGUCAUGGACCCCUCAUAUCUCCCGGGUCUCAACGCCACACAAAAGAGAGCCGCAACCAAUCUUCCUUCAAGUUCCUUGCCAACAAACAACACCACUAACCUGAUAGAAGCAUACACCAUCAUCAAGACCACCUCCACCACACAGGACACGCUUCCCUUGUUGAAAAGCCCAAUUUGAUUUCCCUCCCCCUUGGAUCUCGUGGUUCAGCCUGCGCCCCCGAAAAAGAGUAUCAUAACCACUCACAUGACCACACACCUCGCGUUUCGCCGUCGACUCUUGGCAUCCCCACGAAAGGCCACGGGACCAAAACUCUUCCCCGACUCCAUGACAUCCGCGAGGCUACGGAAACCUUGACUU